UCGGCUUUUGGGCCCUCGCGGCUUCCUUACAACGUGAUAACAGAAGGUCAAUCAUGGCUGCCUACGCGAAGGGACUCAAUAAAUGUUUAGGUUCACUAAGAUUAUGUCGGAAUUUGCAGCUUCAUAAUGAACGGUUUCUGUCUUCGUCUGCGUGUCUUCAUGCGGACAACCAACCGACUAAGUUUGUCCCCCCGUCCAAGCCCGUUGUUGUAGAUAAAACUCAGACUGUGGCGUCUGUGCGGAAGUUUCUGAGCCCAGAGUUUAUUCCUCCCAGACAAAGGACAGACCCACUAAAGUUUUUUAUUGAAAGGAAGGACAUGAUUAGAAGGAGGAAAGUACUCAAUAUCCCUGAGUUUUAUGUUGGAAGUAUCCUUGCAGUGACCAUGGCUGAUCCAAACGCUAGUGGGAAAGCAAACCGCUUUGUUGGUAUUUGUGUCCAGAGGGGAGGAAAAGGCCUGGGCGCCACAUUUAUUCUGAGGAACAUCAUUAAUAGUCAAGGUGUGGAGAUCUGCUACGAGCUGUACAGCCCUCGUGUUCAGAAAAUAGAAGUGCUGAAGCUGGAGAAAAGACUGGAUGACAACCUGAUGUACCUGAGGGACGCUUUGCCUGAAUACAGCACCGUGGACCCAGAAAUGAAGCCGGUGCCUUUCUCUCCCGCUGGAGAGGUGCCUGUUAACAAGCUCAAAGUCAAAAUGCGUCCGAAGCCAUGGUCCAAACACUGGGAACGGCCCACGUUCAACAUCCAGGGCAUCCGCUUCGACCUCUGCAUGACACCCAGACAGACGGAGUUCGUCCAGAAGAAGUACGGGCAGCCUUGGGUGGAGUACGACAUGCUGAAGGAGUACGACACCUCCGAGCUGGAGGUGAAGAUUCUCAAGGAGGUCCAGCAGGAGCUGAGCAAGUGAGGGAGAUCCACCUAAACCACAGAGCGGACUUUUUCUGGGAAUGACUGGAAACGUUUGUGGGUGUAACAACUGACUUGGUUGGGAAGCUGUUUUAGGAGCGGUGGGCAAUUUUGGCCACUUCGCCACAUUCCAGUUUUAGCCGCUCUGAUAUCUGUGCAAAUAAAAAAUGGUUUCAUAAAGAUAAA